GGUACAUUUCUAACCUUCUCGUUUCCUUGCAAGACUAUAUUUGUCAUAUCGUGCAGAAAUGGCUGACAAAAAGCCCGACGUCUCACAGGUUUCUGAGUUUGACUCAUCUAAGCUGAAACAUGUUGUGACCAAGGAAAAGAAUACCUUGCCUUCUGAUGAAACAAUUAAACAAGAACUGCAGCCUGACGAGUUUCCUGAUAGAUCUGAAGUGAAAAACUUCGAUCAUGCCAAGUUGAAGCAUGUUGAAACCCAAGAAAAAAACCCUGUUCCAACGAAGGAAGUAAUCCAAGACGAGAAGCGAACUGCGCCAUUUUCGGAAGUCGAAGUCUUUCAGAAGGGMCAGCUAAAGCAUGUGCACACAGAAGAAAAGAACCCAUUGCCAGAUGCCCAAAAUAUCCGUGCAGAAAUGAUGCCUGACAGCUUACCAGAUAGAUCUGAAGUAGCAAAAUUUGAUACCAGUAAACUGAAACAUGUUGAAACCAAAGAGAAAAAUGUCAUGCCAACCAAARAAGUUAUCAAGGAAGAGUCUAUUGAUUCAAGAGCAGAAGUGAAGGCAUUUGAUCAUUCAAAACUUAAACAUGUAGAAACGCAAGAAAAGAACCCACUGCCAACUGCACAAACACUAAGACAAGAAAUGAUGCCUAAAAAUAAACCAGACCGUUCAGAAGUUUCUGAGUUUGACCACUCCAAGCUCAAGCAUGUUAUUAUUACUGAAAAGACCAUCCUUCCUUCCAGUGAUGAUAUCAAAGCUGAAGCAAUUGAGACCAGAGCUGAAGUAAAGACAUUCGACACCUCAAAACUGAAGCAUGUUCACACUGAGGAAAAGAACCCACUACCAACGGCACAAACACUUAGACAAGAAAUAAUGCCGGAUGAAAAACCUGAUAGGUCUGAGGUUUCYGGGUUUGACCACUCUAAGCUAAAGCAUGUGGAAACAAGUGAAAAGGUAGUCCUUCCAUCAAAAGAUGAUAUCAARACUGAAGCAAUUGAGACCAGAGCUGAAGUAAAGACUUUCGACACCUCAAAACUGAAGCAUGUUGAGACCCAGGAGAAGAACCCMUUACCWGAUGCAAAAGCUAUUGCCGAUGAAAAGAAAUGUAGUUCAUGAACUUUGAGCACUUAAUUCAUAUAUAGGAGAGCUAUCAACAAGACUAUGAUAUGCCCGGCAAUGCAGUUAACAAUUUGAUAUAAACACACUUUGGAUAAGGAAAUGAUAGAUUUAUAGGCAUCUAAACUGUUUUCUUGUAAGAUUCCUCUGAUGGCCUUCAAGACAUGGCAUAAAAUGCAGAGGGAAUUAUACAACAAAACAAAAUAAAUAGAAAAAUGUUUGAUAAUGUACCCAUUUUUAUAAGAGAAAAAAUAUUUGUUGAAAGGUUCUCAUUAAAACAAAAUGGCAGCUGUGUGCCACUGAUAA